UCGAGAGCCCGCUCCCCCCACCUCUCUGGUCUUUUGGCGCGUGAUUUUAUUUCUCGUUCGCGUCUCUAUCCGGCUGGGUGUGCUCUCAGGGAGGGUUCGAGCGAUGGGUAGCGGCUACUGCAUCGUCCCUGUCCGGCAGGAGGUAUGACGGACGGACUGGCGAUCGGUGUGAAGGACGGUCCGCUUACUUUCGGCGAGAUGGGGAGCGCUUUCAGGGUGGUCACCCCUAAGAGACCCAGGGAAGGUGUACCAGGAGUAAGCGUACCCAGACUGACUGCAGCCACUCUUCGACCAUCCUUCCCACUUCUGGCUGACACUCUACCUACUUACUACUCUGGUCUCUGGUGUGGGGCCCCCUUGUCCCUCAAAGAUCCCACUCUGCCCCUGUUCCCACUGUUUCCUCACUAUCUGCCCUCAUACGGGUUUUCAGUCGAUUCUGCAUCGGCACCCACCACAGUCGAAAGCUCCGCUAGCGCCACAGCAAGACUCGCCGGUGACGCCCCAUCUCCAUGGGAAACAUGUGGGACCGAUAAAGAAAUUCGACCUUCUCUUACGCCAUUGGCUCUUGGUGAGUUCAAACCUUUAGGACUAGCAACUUGGCCGACCGAUUUGAGAGUCAAGCCUGUGCCGGUGACUAGUUGUCACGGAACUGCGAACUUCUUCAGAAGUCAAACCCAAAGUCCACCCAAAACAGACGAUGCAAGCCCUAGACUCUUAGGCAGUGGCGCAGCGGAGGGGCCAUCCUUGUUCCGCCCUGCGUUCACGGCUGGGCUUUCCUGUUUUGGACUUUCUUUGUACAGUUUUGGAACCCAUUCGGGACCCCAUGGUGAGAAGGCUCUUUCCAGUCCAGACGGUGUCCUCAAGUCAUCGCCCACAGGCGAUGUGUAUUCUUGCGUCAAGUGCGACAAGAUGUUUAGCACGCCGCAUGGACUGGAGGUGCAUGCUAGAAGAUCACACAGUGGGAAAAGGCCUUUCGCCUGUGAACUGUGCAACAAGACAUUCGGACACGAAGUAAGUUUGAGUCAGCAUCGGGCCAUCCACACGGCAGAAAGGACAUUCGAGUGCAAACAGUGUGGCAAGUCCUUCAAGAGGUCUUCCACUCUGUCCACCCACCUGUUGAUCCACUCCGACACGAGACCGUAUCCUUGCCAGUACUGUGGAAAGCGGUUUCAUCAGAAGUCAGACAUGAAAAAGCAUACAUAUAUACAUACAGGUGAGAAGCCUCACAAAUGCGCAGUGUGUGGGAAGGCCUUCAGCCAGUCCUCGAAUCUCAUCACCCACAGUCGCAAGCACACCGGCUUCAAGCCUUUCGCCUGCGAGAUCUGCGGCAGGGCCUUCCAGAGGAAAGUGGACCUGAGAAGGCAUAAAGAAACUCAGCAUUCGGAAAUUCACCACAUACCCUAAUUCACCCACCGGGUGUCUCGGAACUGGGACACCCUCUCGGUUGGGAUGAGACACCAAAACUGUGGACCAAUCCUGGACUGUAAAGUGGGAUACUAAUUUCUCAUUUCCGUGUUGAGGAAAGGUUUCAACCCGGAGUCUUUCGACCGAUGAUCUCUUCUGUGUCUUUUUUUCUGUUCAAAGCCUGACGAAGCAAAAUGCGAACUAUGAGAAACGCAGGGCAAAGCCUGAUAGUUGUUUGAUAUUGCAAAUAUGUGAUUUUUUUUUAAAGAUAUAUUAUCAGUAUUAGUAUUUAAUCGCUUCCAAAAACAUAUUUAUUUGGCAAUUUUCCCACAUUUUUUUGGUGAAAAUAAUUUAAUUCCUUUUUGGUGAAAAAAUAUUUUUACAUUUUAGAUUUUAAUUUUAAUUUCAAAAUUUAACAUGGUUGAAUCUAUAACUAAAAAUUAAC